CCGUCUCUGCUGCUGUGUAGAGCAGGGAAUCAGGAAAAAAAACAACCAAAACCCGGACCAUUCACACUCUCUGAGCUCAGCAUGACGGAUCUGCUCCUCUGUGGUAGAUUGCUGAUGGUCUCUUCUCCUGAGCUCUGACAGCACUGAGGAUCUCUUCCAUUUUAGAUCAACUGUCUCCAUUUCAGCAUCGUCUGCCUGCUCCCAUCCCAUGGAAUCAGACAUCAUUACUUAAUCAUUAGUGUCCUGGCAUUGAAGCGGCUUUUCAGCACUAGUGAACUGCCUCAAGUGCUUGUCUAUCUGAGGAUAGAAGACGAGAACACAAGAACACAAAAACAAAAAUAAAACCAGACGGGCAGCUUACGUUUGUUGCUCCUGGAGGAGUAAACUCUCCAUAGAAUUGAAUUACGAGACUUUAAGUGCCAACUAUUCCUGUGCCAAGAUGGAUGAAACGCACAACAGGACUUCCUUGGCCAAAGGUGCCAAGGACAUCGCUAAAGAAGCCAAGAGGCACGCGUCCAAAAAUUUAAACAAAGCCGUGGACCGCGCCUCCGAUGAAUACUCAACUCAACGCAGCUACAACCGUUUCCAGAACGAGGACGAAGACGAGAGCAACUACAAUAAUUACAGCCAACAGGACGGCCGGUAUGCUGACAAUGGAGCCAACGACGACGACGACGGGGCUUCUAGUGACGCCACGGAGGGCCACGACGACGAGGAUGAGAUCUACGAGGGGGAAUACCAAGGCGUGCCGGCCUACAACGACGGCCAGCCGCAGGACGGACAGGUGGCUCUCGGCCAGCCGGUUUCUGACAGCCUUAAGAGCCGCAAGGAGCUGGAAAAUGAGAGACAGGCCGACGAGGAGGAGCUGGCCCAGCAGUAUGAGCUGAUCAUGCAGGAGUGUGGCCACGGGAGAUUCCAAUGGCAGCUGUACUUUGUGCUCGGGCUGGCGCUCAUGUCAGACGGCGUGGAGGUGUUUGUGGUGGGCUUUGUCCUGCCCAGUGCUGAGACAGACAUGUGCGUCCCCAACUCUGGAGCUGGAUGGCUCGGUAGCAUCGUGUAUCUGGGGAUGAUGUUUGGAGCCUUCUUCUGGGGCGGCCUGUCAGACAAGGUGGGCCGUAAACAGUGCCUGCUCAUAUCCUUGUCGGUGAACGGCUUCUUCGCCUUUCUCUCGUCCUUCGUUCAAGGCUACAGCAUGUUCCUCUUAUGCCGCAUGGUCUCCGGCUUUGGGAUUGGUGGAGCAGUGCCAAUAGUAUUCUCGUACUUUGCUGAGGUCCUGGCUCGGGAGAAGAGAGGAGAACAUCUGAGCUGGCUCUGCAUGUUCUGGAUGAUUGGAGGAAUCUAUGCCUCAGCCAUGGCCUGGGCCAUCAUCCCACACUAUGGAUGGAGUUUCAGCAUGGGCUCAGCCUACCAGUUCCACAGCUGGAGAGUGUUUGUGGUGGUGUGUGCGCUGCCCUGUGUCUCUGCAGUGGUCGCUCUAACCUUUAUGCCAGAGAGCCCCCGCUUCUACCUGCAGAGUGGUAAACACGACGAGGCGUGGAUGGUGCUCAAACACAUCCACGACACCAACAUGCGAGCCCGCGGGGAACCGGAGAGAGUCUUCACUGUGAACAGAAUCAAAGUCCCCAAGCAGUUGGACGAGCUGGUGGAGAUGCAGAAUGAGUCAGCCAACCCUGUGCUCAAGGUCCUCUUCAAGAUCAAGGCUGAGCUCAGAGGAAUCUGGCUGACAUUUAUGAGAUGCUUCAACUACCCAGUGAAAGAGAACACUGUGAAACUCGCUAUUGUCUGGUUCACUCUGUCGUUUGGGUACUACGGCCUGUCUGUGUGGUUCCCCGACGUCAUCAAGCACCUUCAGGCAGACGAGUACGCGUCCAGAGUGAAGAUUCACAACAACGAGCGCAUUGAAGACUUCACCUUCAACUUCACCCUGGAAAACCAGAUCCACAGAAACUCCGCCUUUCUCAACGACAGGUUUAUCGAGAUGAAGUUCAAGGCGGUCACUUUCAUCGACUCGUCCUUCAUCAACUGCUACUUUGAAGACGUCUCCUCGGUGGGAUCCUUCUUCAAAAACUGCACCUUCGUCGAUACCUUCUUUUACAACACGGAUGUCGACGACACCAAACUCACAAACUCCCGCGUGAUCAACAGCUCCUUCCACCACAACAAGACCGGCUGUCAGAUGACAUUUGAGGACGAUUACAGCGCCUACUGGGUCUACUUCGUCAACUUCCUGGGAACGCUGGCCGUGCUUCCUGGAAACAUCGUCUCGGCCCUGCUCAUGGACAAAAUAGGCCGCCUCAGCAUGUUAGGAGGCUCCAUGGUGCUGUCAGGUAUCAGCUGCUUCUUCCUGUGGUUUGGCACCAGUGAGUCAAUGAUGAUCUUCAUGCUCUGCCUCUACAACGGCCUCAGCAUCUCGGCCUGGAACUCCCUUGAUGUGGUCACAACUGAGCUGUACCCAACAGACAGGAGGGGCACAGGAUUUGGCUUCUGUAACGCCAUGUGUAAGCUGGCAGCGGUGCUGGGCAACCUGAUCUUUGGCUCCCUGGUCGGCAUCACCAAGGCAAUCCCCAUCCUGCUGGCAUCGUCCGUGCUGGUUGGCGGCGGCCUGGUGGGGCUGCGACUGCCAGAUACACGUGCCAAUGUCCUCAUGUAAACCUCACCACGGAGCAGUAUGUCUGUUUCCCAGGUGUUCACUCAGUUCGCUGAAUAAUUAGCUCGUCAACAACACAAAAGUUUUUUUUUUUUUUUUCAUUUUACAGCCUGACACACAGAGACUGUUAUUCUGUCGUUUCUGAGUGAAACACCUGGUCAGUCGGGAUAAUAAAACACAGUUUAACUUUACAGAGAGCUGUAGAUAUAAAGAGUUUGAAGACGAAACAAUCCAAGGUUGCAAAUCUGUGUCCCAUCAGUGGCUUUUUUGCAAGAAUUCGUGAUGAGAAAGUUAACAAUUGUGGUUAUAAAACUCUGUAUAUCCGCAGCUCUGCUAUAUCUAUUCACCACGGGCUGUUUCACACAUGCAACACACCUAAAAAAAAGAAAUGUGUCAAAACUGCAAAAGGCUUGGACAACAACACACGACUUUAAAAUCCCACUCAAGUUCAUCUAGAUUAAAGAAACAGUUGUUGUUUUUUUUA